AAAAUUUUACUGACAUUAAAGCGUAUGAAAAGUAUAGAUUUGUGGGAAAUUUAGCACUAUCUUACAGUUCUAUAUUCAAAAUUGUUCUAAUGAUAUGGGAAGGGAAUAUUCAAUGACGUGAACGUAUUAUACCACAAGGGAAUGAAAUAUAUUUGAAAAAAUAUUUAAGGUUCAUUGAUGGAUUUUCGGCACAUUAUAGACUGAGGACGUUGUACGCAAGCGUCAUACAAAUAUAUUUUACUUAAUUUUUGAGCAUGUGCGGGACGCACGAAUUCGUAGCUUAGUAAAUUUUAUGUAAUUUUUAGUAUUUUUAGGUUAAUUUAUUUUAUCAUUUUCACAAUGCAUUUAAGUAGAAAAAGCAAUUUUUUAUUCCAUAGUAAAUCAAGGCUUAGAAAAAAUAACCCAUCUAGAAAAUAUGUACAUACUUUUGAAACGAUUCCAGGUCCCCGAUCACUGCCGGCUAUUGGAACACUUUAUCAGUAUUUUCCUCUAAUUGGAAAGUAUCGAUUCGAUGAAUUACACCAUAAUGGUUUUAAAAAAUAUAAAGCCUUUGGACCUCUAGUUAGAGAAGAAAUGGUACCCGGAGUUAAUAUCGUGCUAUUAUUCGAUCCAAAAGAUAUAGAAACUUUGUUUAGGAACGAAGGAAAACAUCCAAAACGAAGAAGUCAUUUAGCAUUAGAAAAAUUUCGUUUAGAUAGACCGAAUGUGUAUAAUUCUGGAGGUUUAUUACCAACGAAUGGUCCAGAGUGGUUUCGCAUUCGUAGUGUAUUCCAAAGAGGGUUGAGUAGCAUGCAAUCCGUUAAACGAUUUUUGAAUGGUUCUGAUAAUAUUAUACAAGAAUGGUUAAUAAUGUUGGAAUCCAUGAGAAAAUAUCCAAAUUUAGACUUUUUACCUGAAUUAUCAAGGCUAUUUUUAGAAUUAACGGGUCAGAAUACACUAGAUAUAAGAUUCAAUAGUUUUUCUGUACACGAAAGACGAAAAGAUUCAAGAUCAUCUGAACUAAUUCGAGCUGCUUAUGUAACUAAUUCUUGUAUUUUAAAAACUGACAUGAUACCAGCUUUAUGGCAAAAAUUUGAUACUCCUUUAUAUAAGAAACUAAAACAUACGCAGGAAUUUAUGGAACAGGUAGCUAUAGAUUUAAUUUCUCUCAAGAUGUCUUUGUUUAGGGAUCAAGAUAAAAAUAAUCCAUCUUUAUUGGACUCUUAUUUAUUAUCCCCCGAAGUGGAUUUCAAGGAUAUCAUUGGUGUUGUCUGUGAUUUUCUAUUAGCAGGAAUUGAUACUUCAACAUAUACUACAGGUUUUCUUCUUCAUCAUAUUGGGACUCAUCCUAGAGUUCAAGAUAAUAUUUAUGAAGAAGCUCGUCGAUUAUUACCAAGUCAAUCUACACCAGUGACAUCAGAAAUGCUUACCGAAGCAGUGUAUACUAAAGCAGUACUCAAAGAAUCUCUCAGAUUGAGACCGAUAUCUGUUGGAAUAGGUCGAAUUUUACCAAAAGACACUGAAUUCUCUGGUUAUUGUGUACCGGCCGGUACGACAAUGGUGACACAAAAUCAAAUAUCCUGUAAGUUGGAGAAAUAUUUUCCUCAACCCGAAACGUUUCUACCGGAAAGGUGGAUCAAAAGUAAUCCUUUAUAUAAACAACCGCAUCCGUUUUUGCUCCUUCCUUUUGGACAUGGACCGAGAGCUUGUAUCGCUAGAAGAUUGGCAGAACAGAAUAUGAUUAUCUUAUUGCUAAAACUUAUUAGAAGUUUCCGUAUUAUAUGGGAGGGGGGUAAAUUAGAUUCGAAAUCUACUGUUAUCAACAAACCAGAUGGACCAAUAUUGAUAAAAUUAAUUAAAAGAGAAUCUUGAUAAGUGACCUUAUACUUUAUAGGAAUAUUUUUAUACAAUUUUUUUAUUAUUAAGUUAAUUAUAUUGUAAAAUUUAUUCAGAUAUCGAAAUGUUAUCAAUAAUCAUAUUUUAAUAGUUAAUUAAAAUCCUAAAGCAUAUUUUUUAUCUCAAAAUUUCUAAUAUUAUAAAAAAAUUUCAACGAGACAUUGUAGUAUAGCGUUCAAUUUAUAAUAGUACAUAUUUUAGUGUAUGUUUUAACAUCUGAACAUACUGGGGUUUUAAUUAAUUUAUUUCAGGACUUUAGGAUCACCCAAAUCAAAUUUUACAACUUUUUAUAUAAAAUUCUGUUUUUGUGGAUUCUUCCGUCUCCAAAAAUGAUCCAAUCACUCUAUUCUUUUGUAUCCUAUUAUUUUGCUUAGUUCUGCUACUCCAAAUGAAACGAUAAAAUACAAACUGAGCAAGAGGACCAUGCAUAUAAAAUGAUCCGAAGAAGGAAAGGGCACACAAAGAAAUAAAAAUUUAUGCCACUAGAUACAAUCUACAAAAUAAUGACUAGAGGCUAAAGAAGGUUGAAAGAACUUGUUCGGGUUAAGAUCAGUCACUAUAUUUUCACUCUGAGGGUAAACGCUAAGAAUGGGGUGUGAAUAUGAAGUUCCAAAUGACUCAGUUUUCAUAGUUUUCCAAAAACCUUACGAUACUGUCUUGUACAGCAUUAAAAAUAAUCUAACAUUCCAAAAAAUUAAUAAGCCUUACCAAAAUAACACCCGAAUACAUUCCAUCUAAUAUUGCAUUAUGUCUGGCCAUUCCACGUUUCUAUCCCUAGUGUUACUUUCUCUUCUUUGUUCCCUCAUUCCAUUUUCAUUUCCUGUUCCGAUGUCUUUUCUCUCAUCUGUAUAGGUGUCUCUAGUAGUCUAUUCCAAUUAUUUGAUGUUUAUAGUAGAUGAUGAUAGUUUUUUCUAUCGUUUAAUUUAAUUUUAGGACUCUAGGAUCACAGAAAUCAAUUAUUACAACCUCUUAUCUAAAAUUCUGAUGUUUUUGUAAAUUCUUGUCUUGAGCUUUUUCAACAUUCAUAUAGCGCAGAAAAAUAUUCUGUAGCUGUAUAAAAGCUACAAAGGGAAAAGAAGAAUAUAUAAUAAAUAACUGAAUUUUCUUUGACUAUUUUCAGGAGGGAAAUAAUCAACAAAGUAAUCUGUUGGUAUAAAAUUUUUAUUUUUGUUAUUUCAAGUUGUUACCCACGGUGUAAUCAAUGAUUUUUUAUUCAGUCUCUACAAGAAAAAAUGGGUUGUUGAAAAAACAAUAAUGAAAUCACAGAAUGUACAUGCAAGAUUAUUAUUUUGUUAAAUUAUUGUAGCUCUUGUCUGUAUUGUCCAUCGUCAUAUUGUUGGGGUCUGUCUUUUAGCUCAGGGUGUUCUUGCAGUCUACGGGCAUCAGCUUCCUGAAAAUCAAUUCAAUAUUUCAAACAAAUAAAAAAAAAUUAUUUGUAUGUAUGUAUCACAACAAAAUCCUAUUGGGACCAAAUAAUUCAAUAUAGAAUGAUGAAAAAGCCGUGUGGUAUAACCAGGCAGCCAUUAUAGUACCGAGAUCUUCUGUAAUUAAUUCCAGAAUGGUUUAGGAAUCUUAGGCGUAUUAAAAAAACUAGACAGGAAUAUAAAGAAAUGUAAAUAGCUUGUAAGAAGCAAUCCCAAUCAAUUUUUGGGGGGACUAGAGACCUUUUUUGGUCAGCACUGAUACAAUAUUGGAAAAAAUAGGGAAAAAAAGUUUGGACUGGUUCGACAACAUGUUAGAGCUAAAACAAGCGAAGAUAAUACUGGGAAAAUAUUACCAGAAGGGAUUGGACGGAUGCGUUCAACCAACAGGACAUUAUGGAUACCUCAAAGUAUUGGGAAGUGAUUCUGUUUGUUAUAAGAUGAAACAACUUAUCAAAUACUCCUUAAAAGCAAGACACUACAACAUCGAAGGGCUUGUUAUGUGAAUUGAGUAGGAAGACUUAUCCAAAUCGAAGCCAGUACAUGAUCAAGAGUUUAUUAAAGGGCCGAGAGCAAAAGAACUACUAGUUUCGAAGAAAGUUUUCAGAAACUAAGUAGAGUAGGCAGUAGAAUAAAUUUUUUAAGUGAAUUUUAACAUUACAUUAGAAGAAUUUAAUGUUAAUAAAUAAGUUUUGGCUUGUUUUGCCUUUUUUUCUUAUAAAUCAAUAAAUUUCCAGUUUUUAUUCUACUGUUCUAAUAUCUUGGCUAUUGUAUCAUAUAAAUGAAUAUUUGUGUUGUGGAAUUAAUCGAAAUAUAUUUUUUUGGACGAAUAAAUAUUAUUGAAUAUGAA